CUUUCCCGGACAUUCUCAUUCCUUCGUUUUUUAGUCUCUCUUUUCGAACCUGGAUGACCUGCAUCUGUGCCUUCUAUUACUGAUGAACAUCCUGCGUGUCUGAAUGUACCAGAUCGAAAUAUAUUCUGGCAGCCAGAACCAUAGCCCAUGGCUGACGGAUAUCAUCGGCUUCCCGGCCAACUGAACGCCUUCUCCAGCAGCAGCAACAGAUCGCAGACGGCACUUGCCCUCCCCACGUCUACACCUCAAAGAAAGCGCGCUUCAUCAUUCUACCCAGCCAGAGGGCCGGGAAUUGUUGACGACUCGAAUCCCGAUCCGUUUUAUCUGGAGCAUACUUUGACAAGCGGGGCUCCUUGGGGUACUUGCCGGCUGGAUAGUCGCGAUGUUCGGUGCAUUGAGGAGUCCAACCCGUAUUCGAUGCUAUCCUCCGUGAGUCCUGGAAAAGAGGUCCCGUUUACUCUCACGGCCCGCGGUGAUACUGCGAGGUUGCAUUCAAACAACAACCGAUCGACCUUGUCGGUGGUUGAGCUGGAGCACCAGCUGGGAUUGCAGCAGGUCGCGGGAGCUCGCCCUUGGGAAGGAUCCUCGGUCAACUACGACCAAGGAUCAUUCAGCUCUGUCCAAACCGAAGCCACGCCUGAUUUGACUCCAAGCAGCUCAUUCUCUUCCAACUACUCGGCUCCAAUCUAUCCAGACGGUGUGUUGUUGGAGCCGCUCCCAGUGCAUGUCCAGCUACCUCCUAGCCCUAGAAACCAAGUAUACCCUUGUGCAUCCACUCCCUUGAACCAUUCCCAGACUACUCUCGCUACACGCCCGUCAACACCAGUCCGACAGGCCAAGACACCAAUUGAGGCGCCCAACGCAUCGUCCGAUACUUUGGUCAUGCAGCCGGUCGAUAGUCACGACCCUCCAUCUCAUCGUGGAAAGCCACUUCCAUCUCUGCCAACCGGUGCGCGAUCCGUGCGAUCAGGAAGUGCCCACUCGAGCAGGAAGGGCCCCCCUCCCGCCAUCCGGCCUCCUAUCGCCGCAUCCAUGAUAUCUCCACCGUGUCUAAUCAACCCCGUGACAAUGGAGCCUCAUACCUCCCACUUUGAUCGGGCGAUGUUCAUACCAGCAAACGACUGUCAGAGUCCAGUUCCCAGCCCAGGGCCGGCAUCGCCGUCGAUUGAGCGUCAACCCACUGCCAACUCUAGCCGUACUCGGCCUUCUACAUCUACUUCCGAAGCGUUUCCUGAGCAGUCUGUAUGGGAAUCUGACUCUGACAGCGAGUCACUGGACCCCAAGUCUCUUUCGAGGAAGCCUAUGGAUACGCUGAAGAAGGUUCGCAGUCGCGUUCACCUUCGCGUGGCCAAGUCCGCACCCAAGCUUCAGAACCAGCAGAAUUCUUGCCAGCAGGCGCACCCUUUGGAGAAAUUCCCCUCGAUGCCUGACAAGCCGCCGGAGGACCUGUGCCCGUCGCCCACGAGGAACACAAUCCAGAGCCGUUCCCGGGACAUGUUCCGACCCCCAGGUUUGCCGAGUCUGCGGCUUGUUAACCCAUCCUUGACUUCCCUGGGGCAAGUACGUUCACGUCGCAACAGCGGACAGUCUCGGAACAUUGACAUCGACCGAACGACAGCCGCGGCGAUGCAGGCGAAGUCACGUCGCCGACCAAGGUCCGAUUCCAAGAAGUCACUACCCGCGGAGCGCGAGAAGAUGUGCACCCUCUGCCGCGAGGAGCGAUCCGACAAGGCAAUCCUGACCCUCGCACGGCCGCCACUCUAUAAACGGGUGUGGGAGUCGUUGCGGGUGCUCGGGUGCCACGGCGAGAUCACGCCUCCGCGGCCCCGCCGUCCGAUGUAGUUCUUUACGUUGCAGCUUUUCUGAUCUCUUUCUCGAAAAACAAAAGUACAAAAACGGCGUUGCAUGUACGGCUAUUUUUAUACGAACUAUCGAAAACCAUUUACGGCCCGUCCCGACGAUAUCGAACGGUUUCCAAUGACUGAACUAAUGUUUAUGAUGCUGAACGCCCAGGCAUCCUGCCGGCGGGCGAUGACAACCAACGAGAUGGACUCCUCCAAGUCCAUUCAU